AGAAAUAGAAGCAAGCUGUUAGCUGUGUUGCAGACUUACAGUAGAGUAGGUCAAUAAAAUCGACUGCUACUUCCUAUUUCUCAAGAAUUUUUGGGUUGAUUUGUGUGGUCUCCGAGCGAAUUGAUGAGUGCCGCAACAUUGUCCCUUCCUUGUUGUGUGGGUGCGUCGGUUUCUGGUCGGAGGAGAGGGGGGGUCAAAGGGCACCCUCUCCGAGCGGCGCUGGUGGAGGCGAAGCCGAGGCCUGUGCCAUCCCUUACUGGUGGCGGCGGUAAUGGUGCUGCCGAUGAUGGGAAUAUUCCUGUAGCUCUGGUGCGGGUGAGGGAUUCAUCCUCUGGAGCGUUGAGCAGGGACCGGGCGGAUGAUAUACAGGCAGAGGCCAUGGCCAUGGCCCGGGCGGCUAGUGCUUCUGUCUACAGUCCGGAAUUUCUGUCGAGUAAGUACGGGUCGCGGCCGAUUAGGGUGGUGCGGCGGGCGGCGGAGAUAUUUACCGGAUUGGGUGCUUUUGCCUUCAGUUUGUGGCUCGACCAAGUUAACGGUCGGCUUGAUCGGAACCAGAGAAAGCGGGCGAUUCAAUUGCGGAAGACGUUCACUCGAUUGGGACCGACUUUCGUCAAAAUUGGCCAGGGCUUAUCAACCAGGCCUGAUUUGUGCCCGCCUGUAUACAUCGAAGAGCUUUCUGAGCUGCAGGAUGCUUUACCUACAUUUCCAGAUGCUGAAGCAUUUUCCUGUAUAGAGAAAGAAUUGGGACGCCAGCUCGACUCUAUGUACUCUUUCAUAUCUGCAUCUCCAAUUGCUGCUGCCAGUCUAGGCCAAGUUUACAAGGCACAGCUGAAGUAUUCUGGGCAGGUAGUUGCUGUGAAGGUGCAGAGGCCGGGUAUUGAAGAAGCUAUUGGGCUAGACUUUUACCUAAUUAGAGGUUUAGGUUUUCUCAUUAAUAAAUAUGUCGACAUCAUUUCAAGUGAUGUUGUUGCUCUUAUAGAUGAAUUCGCUCGACGAGUUUAUCAGGAACUCAAUUAUGUGCAGGAAGGGCAGAAUGCAAGGAGGUUUAAAAAAUUGUAUGCGGACAAAGCUGAGGUUCUGGUGCCAGAUAUUUUCUGGGAUUAUACUAGUGGAAAAGUGCUGACGAUGGAGUGGGUUGAUGGUGUUAAAUUAAAUGAGCAAGACGCAAUUGAGAGGCAAGGGCUCAAAGUUCUGGAUCUAGUGAACACCGGCAUACAAUGCAGUCUCAGACAGCUGCUUGAGUAUGGCUAUUUUCAUGCAGAUCCUCAUCCUGGGAACCUGUUAGCAACACCUGACGGGAAACUUGCUUUUAUUGAUUUUGGCAUGAUGAGUGAGACUCCUGAAAGAGCAAGAUCUGCCAUUAUUGGACAUGUUGUACACAUGGUUAAUAGGGACUAUGAAGCCAUGGCUCGUGAUUAUUAUGCCUUAGACUUUUUGUCCCCAGAUGUGGAUGUAACUCCAAUUGUGCCAGCUCUAAGGAACUUUUUUGACGAUGCACUAAAUUCGACUGUGAGUGAGCUUAACUUCAAAACCAUUGUGGAUGGUUUGGGUGCAGUUCUGUACCAAUACCCAUUUAAUGUGCCUGCAUAUUAUGCCUUGAUUUUAAGGUCGCUCACAGUUCUAGAAGGUUUGGCUCUCUAUGCUGACCCUGAUUUCAAGGUUUUGGCUGCUUCAUAUCCAUAUUUUGCAAAAAGGCUUCUUACCGAUCCCAAUCCGUAUCUUAGAGAUGCUCUUAUUGAGCUGCUUUUCAAGGAUGGAAAAUUCAGAUGGAAUAGGCUUGAAAACUUGCUAGUUCAGGGCAAAAAAGACAGAGAUUUCAAUGCAAAAGAUGCUUUACAACCAGUUCUAAAACUAUUGUUGGGACCCGAUGGAGAAGAACUUAGGACUUUAGUUAUUAAAGAAGCUGUUCGUGUUACUGAGGCUGUUAUCAUGGGCUCGGUGGCUGAAUCCUACAAUUCAAUUCCUGGUCUUAUACAGCCAUUUAUAUUUAACGUCAGUGCAAUUGGUACAUUGGGAAUGAAAACUGCCGAAUUGGAAAGCAUGUUAGAGCUUAGAGCCCAAGUGUUGAGAAUAUGGGAACUUCUACGAUCCUCCAAUAGCUUUGAUCCUAGCAUACUGCUGCCUAUACUGGAGGUACUGCAAGAACCUGAAGCCCGGAGUCUUGGUGGGCGUGUAGUCGGGGGAAUUACUCAACGCCUUGCUGCCCGCUUGCUGCAGCAACUUCUCAGGUACCCACCACCUCCACCAGUCACUUCUCCACCUUCUUGAUUCUUCUUUAUAUAAUUUUUUCACCCCAUGAGGGUAGAAAAUAACUCUUAGAUCAACAAAAGUUAGUGUCCGAAUGAUGUUGUUGGGGACAAUAAACAUUGUUUUAAUAGGUCUACAUGUGCUACUGCCUUAUCAAAUGUGACUAUGCAAUAUAUAUAUUCCUUUGUUGCA